UCAGACUACGCAUGCGUCGACAUUUACCCAGCAGGUAAACUCCACCAUGGCGGCGAGAGGCCAUGUGCAGGACCCCAACGACAGGAGGCUCAGACCCAUAUACGAUUACCUUGAUAAUGGCAACAAUAAAAUGGCAAUACAGCAGGCAGAUAAGCUGCUGAAGAAACAUAAGGAUCUGCACUGUGCGAAGGUCCUAAAGGCGAUCGGUCUCCAGAGGACUGGAAAGCAGGAUGAAGCUUUCACUUUGGCCCAGGAGGUGGCCACUCUAGAGCCUACUGACGACAACUCACUUCAAGCUCUGACUAUACUGUACAGAGAGAUGCAUCGUCCCGAAUUGGUCACUAAGCUCUAUGAGGCUGCGGUGAAGAAGGUUCCUCUCAGCGAGGAGUACCACUCACACCUCUUUAUGGCUUACGCUCGGGUGGGAGAGUACAAGAAGAUGCAGCAGGCAGGGAUGGCCUUGUAUAAAAUCGUCCCCAAGAAUCCAUAUUACUUCUGGUCUGUCAUGAGUCUGGUGAUGCAGGCGAUCUCAGCACAAGAUGAAAAACUGGCCCAAACUAUGUUCCUGCCUCUGGCUGAGCGCAUGGUGGAGAAAAUGGUGAAGGAGGAGAAGAUUGAAGCAGAAGCAGAGGUGCAGCUGUAUUUUAUGAUCCUGGAGCGUUUGGGAAAAUGUGUUGAGGCUCUCGAAGUGAUCAGGGGUCCACUCGGGGACAAGCUGACCAGUGAGCUGCAGAGCCGAGAAAACAAGUGUAUGAUGCUCUACCAGCGACUGCAGCGCUGGCCAGAGUGUAACGCCUUGGCUCACAAGCUGCUACUCAAAAAUCCUGAUGAUUGGCAGUUUUAUCCCUCCUACUUUGACUCCCUCUUUCACCUGAUGGAUCAGUCGUGGAGUCCACCAGAAGAAGGCGAACACUGCUCAGAGGGUUUGGUACAUCACACUGUGGCUGAAGUGGUGAGGUUUGUGGAGGAGAGAAUUAAGUGCGAGGAUGGCAAAGAUUCUCGUUCGCUCCGAGGGCCGUAUUUAGCUCGGCUCGAGUUAAUGCACAGACUGAGAGAACGAGGCUGUCCUGAAGAAAGCCUGCUCGGCGACCCUUUAGAGCUGAUGGUGCAGUUCUUCGGGAAGUUUGGAGACAAGCCCUGCUGCAUCACCGACCUGAAAAUAUACCUACAUCUGCUCUCUCCUGAACAGCACGUUCAGUUCAUUAAUCAUCUGAGUGAAGCGGUGCCAUUGGGCGAGCAGGGAGAGGAAGGCUUUGCUUUUCCGGAGGACACCAAAGCGCUGCAGAGACAUUUGUGUGUGUGUCAGCUGAGUCGAGCACUCGGCCUGCAUCACUCACUCGAUAUAGACGGAAAACUGCGGCUUAUCACUGAGCUCAAGGCUCACUACCGUCACGGGCUCAAGUUUGGGAAACAUGCAUUGAAGACGGAGCUGCAGUUUUCUGAUAUGUAUUGUCUCAUGGCAGCUCAUGUAUACAUUGACCUGUGGACAGAGACUGGGGAUGAGAACAUGGCGUGGCAGUGUUUGGGCAUCCUUCAGGAGGGUCUAUCUCACAGCUCUUCUAACGCCCAGUUCAAGCUGCUGCUUCUGCUCCUCUACUGUCGCCUGGGAGCCUUUGAGCCUGUUGUGGACCUUUACUCCAGCCUGGACGCCAAGCAUGUACAGCACGACACCAUAGGGUUUCUGUUAACACGGUAUGCUGAGUCCUUGGGUCAGUUUGCUGCUGCCUCCCAGUCCUGUAAUUUCUCCCUCAGGUUUUUCCAUUCUAAUCAGAAAGAUACCUCAGAGUAUAUCAUCCAGGCGUACAAGUAUGGAGCAUUUGAGAAAAUCCCAGAGUUCAUUGCUUUGAGAAACAGGUUGAACCAGUCGCUGCACUUUGCACAGGUCCGAACUGAGAGGAUGCUGCUGGACCUGUUCCUGGAGGCAGAUAUUGUGUUAAGUCUGGAGGAGAGUGUGAAGGCCAUGUCUUUGUCUGCAGAGGACGACAUCCCCUGGGAUAAUAUGAGGGACAACAGGGACCUUACUGUUUUUACCAGUUGGGACCCUAAAGAGAGACAAUUGACUGAUGAGCAUCGGAGUCAGUCUCUCGAGGAAGAGUCGGUGUGGCUGAGGAUACGUUCUCUGACGCUUCGCCUCCUCGCCUCAUUGGCUGCACUGGGACACACGCCGUCACAACAAAACUCUGAGAUAUCCAACGAGAACGGAGUCGGAGAUAAGACGUCAGUCUUCAGCAGCCUGCUGUCCGAGCUCAGCCAGACCCUACAGACAGCGGCUCAGAUAGCAGAAAAACACAUACAGUAUCCAUUCUUGGGACCACCCUCCGCUCGCCUGGCUCAAGCUCUGUCCAGUGGGAGUUGCCAGUGUCAAGCUGCAGCCCUGCAGCUGUCUGUCCACCUGCAGGAGCUUGAGACGGCUGGACUUGAUGACUCGUCAGAGCUUCAGACGCAGAUCUGUAACGGUUUCAAAUCAUUAGUAGUUCAGCUUCAAGAAAUACUGAAUAAAUGCAAAGGGGAUUUAUUGGAAAUGAAAGAAAGCACAUUAAAAACGUGGCCCUCCUUAUUAGAAAACCUAAUUUUCUUUGUUGAGACGGUGUGCAUAGUCUUGUGGAUGGCUAGUUACUGUGCCAAGAUCCUUCGACCUCUCAAGACGAGUCUACAGAAGAAGAAAAAGAAGAAAAAGGAUGCAAACACAGCUCUGCCAGUGGUGGUGUGUGGCUUCCAGGAGCUGACGGGGAGCUUACAGGACCUGCUCAACCAGGCUUUGGAGCAUAUAAAGGGGCAGGAAAUUGGCAUGACAGCCCUGAAACUGGCCGGUUUAACGCUGGAAGGGUGCACACAGGAGGAGGCGUCGUUUACGAAGGCUGCUAUGGACAAGGUGCAGAGCAGUUAUCUGCGUUCGCUACAGGAGGUGGGCGAUCUGCUUAAGAAGAGAGCAGAAACUAUAAAAAACCUCAAGAUCUAAACAGCAUCACUCACCCCAGAAUAACAUGACUGUAGUCACACCAUCAGCCCCAAACCCCACCCCACCACCUACUGUCGGCCCACCAAUUUACCUACAAGUCCCACCGACCCAACCCUCCUGUGCUCUCAAUCAUUUCUGACCUCCCAACUCUUUCUCACUCAACGUUUGUGAGCUCUCAGUCUGGAUUUUUCUUUUUUUUUUCCACUUCCACAUACACCUCUGGAACAUUUGCAACUCUUAUAGCACAUAAGCUUGUAAGUAAAGUCAAGAAUUUAUACCGCAGUUAUAAGUGAAAAUGAGGAAAAAAGACGCGCUCCUUUAAAAAAGUAUAUAUAGAUCAAAUUAGAAAAAGUGAAUACGCAGUUUUAGAAGAAACUAAUCUAAUAAAUUAUUGUACAUAGAGAAGAGCAACUACCACAGCUCCUUGAGAAUAUAAGACACAAUAAACCACUAUCCUGUUUGUCGGUCAGUUAUGUUUCCUCUUUAUUCCUCACUUUAUUUCCAACAAGAACAAUUGAAGUGACACACUCUAAUCUCUGAGGAGGAAUGGUUGUUUUAAUGUGCUGCUUUUCCAGCUGUUUUCAUCCUUCAAGAGGAAACAUGCACAAUUUUACAUUGAACUUAUGCACUCUGGAAAUAUGGACACCUGGCUACCAGCAGAAAUUUGAGACUCAUUUUGUCACUUCUUCCGUUUAUCGUUUUUCUUUCUUUCUUUUCUCGUGUGUCUUGUGUCUCGCUUUGUUGCCGAACCACCUCUGUAGUUGAAGUAUUAUAAAGAGCAAUGUUGGGAUGAGCUGAAUAACCAGGACUUUUUUUAAGCUGAAUUGUCUGAUGCUUUUUUCUUCUUUUUUUUUAUAAUACUGGUAGAAGUGACGCUUGUAAACAUUGUGGAAUCGGCACAAAGAAAUCAGGCAUUACAAUCCUUUAAGGCUGGACUGAAUUAUUUAAGAGACCAUGUGCGACUUUUUGGACAUGAAUGUUCACCACAAAUAUGACUCCUACUGAUGCUGCAGGCAUGUAAGGUCUGUAUCAGUAUGCAACCACUUGAAUUCCAGUCAAAAUCAUGACUAACUUUCAUGAAUACCCACAUACAGUAUAUGACAGAGGUGACUACACCCUUGUACAAUAUCCCUUAAUUGUCAAAUGAUUCUAAUUUUAUCACCUCUCAAUAAUGGGGUUAUUUUUGAGUUGAACGGUAGGUAUUUGCUCUUGUGUAAAAUUAAAAAUGAACAGUUUAGAUUGACUAUAAAAAUACAAGCAUCACAGUGGUAACUCAAUGCAACAAAAGUCAGUACACUUUUCAUUGGUGAUUCAAAUCUUUUUUUAUUUUGUGUGUUCACCUUUAUUUUGAUGCCACUCAACCCUUCGUCAUGGAGGACACCAAAUUUGUGGAGAGAUGUUCUAUUCUUCAGUUGUUUAAGCUGCUCUUUGCUGGAGGGGUUAUGUUGCUCUGCCUCGCUCUUUAAAAUAUCCUAAAGGUCUUCUAGUAAAUUGAAGUCAGGCGACGUACUUCAAGUCAUAGUUUUCACUUUGUUCUUCUUGUAGAAACUCUUUUGUGAUUUUAGAUGGUUAUCAUGCUGGAAUAUUCCGCUUACGUCAAGCCUCUUCAGACUGGAAAUGUUCUUGUCAGCCUCUUUUUUAGUAUAUUCACAGACACUAAUGGUGCUGUCUAUUGAUAUUAUUUGUCAACACCUUUUACACUCACCCAUCCCCAUAUCAUCACACUCUUACCUUUGUGCUUUGCUGUUAGGACUAUGCGUUCACUGGUGGUUUUAGCCAGGUUCACACCUAAUAUGGUGGACACCAUCUGAGCCCAACAAAUUUAUCAUGAGCUUAUCUGAUGAGAAAAUUCAUCAGCCAUCUUUCCAUGUUCGUGAGAAAAGUUUAAUUCCGUGGUUUUAUGCCAAACAGGAAGCAAGGCUUCAUCCAUAGACGUUGAUGUUAGAAACUGUCAUUUACACUGUCUGAGGUGUCACAAAAAAUCUAAUUUUCACUGAUAGCCCUGUGCCAAGUGUGAAGCAGCUGCCCAUUUGUUUUUCACAGCUAGAUUGUGAAAGUAGUGCUCUGUGACAUCAUUUUCAGAUGACGACCACUGCAGCCCUGAUCCAUCGUACUAUGGUUCAUUCUAUACCUCCUGAUUACUGCUGCAGUUGUGUUUUCACAAUCAGAUUUUUCAGUUCCUCUGGCAAUUCUUUUCCAUGUGGAGCCAUGGUGCAGACUAGUCCAUAGGUCCAAAACCAUGAUUAUCUAGUCAGGCUAACUGGAAAUCACAGUAUUUACAAGUGUAUUCCACUUUGUUGCAUUGAGUUUCUAAUUUUGUGACUGUAUUUUCAAUAUGUUUUUUGUUUUUUUAGUAUUUGUUUUUAAUUUUCAUUAGAGGUAAUACACCUCUUCUUGUCAAACAAUACAGUUAUUAACAGUUGAUACAAUUUUACACAAUUUGCCUUUAAAGUGAAAUUACACAGAGGUGUUGUCACAUCUGUUGUAUACUUUUUGUCGCAACAAACUUGCAAAUACGAAUGCACCAAUUAAUGUGAUUUGAGUCUGUGUUCAGGCCGAGAGCAGCAGGACUUUGACUCUUAUUUUUUUUUAGCCCACUUGCAGCUUUUUAGAAAUCCUCCUCUUUUGUCUCAAACCCAGCAGGAUGUGUUUCAAACAUUGGACCUAAUUUGUAAAUAAAAGUCGAGGCAGCCUUUCCGGAGUACAGUGUGCAAGGAACUUGAGUGUGUUUUAAAAGCAGCUGCAGUAGAUACGAUGAGAUUUUUGUCCUGUGUUAAUGAUUUUGUCAUUCCCACUUUAGUCACCCAUCCCAAGAAACACGACUCGUGAACCAAAACAGCGUCAUCAGCUGCAGCAUCUUCUCAGUUUAUUAUAAAUCACCAAUGAGAGGUCACUCCGAGAAAAGAAGCAGACAGUGGUUUACAAGCACUGAUGGACGACUGCUGGCACUGCAAGUAGUGUCCUAUUGGUAUUUUUGUGUUACUGUUUUAUCCAGAAUUUGGCAGAGCAGUGUGGAAAUGUGAGUGAAUUCCUCUCCUCCCUGUAAGUCUUGUGUAUGCAUCUGCUAAUAAAUGCCUUUUUUGAAGACUCAAGCCCAUCUGUUUGAAUGGACCCACGACUGAAGAGAAGAUGUUUGUGAUCUGAUUACAUGUGUUGUUGUUGUUGACGUUCAGAAUAAUGGUUGACAAUCUGGAGUGUCAUUUCACCACCUUCUUUUGUUAGAAAAUGGAAAACAGAAACACUGGAAUGUCAAAGCUUUUUUAAAUAAAAAAAGUAAAUAUGACAA